AUGACCACUCGUAAUCAAGAGGUGGACAAGAUAGCCAAGGAUGUUAGUAGGCUGGAUCAGUUCACUGUACAAACUCAAGAAAGUUUAUUGAGUCUUAAAUCAGCCUUUGAUCAACUGCAAGUUGCAUUUGCAAAGAUUGAGAAACAAGGGACUAUGGUUACUCGUAAUGAAGGUGAGAGAGUCUGUAAUAACAGAUUAACAAAGGUUGAAUUUCCCAAAUUCAAUGGUGAUGAUGUGGAAGGGUGGAUGUACAAAUGUGAGCAUUUUUUCUCUAUUGAUGAAACCCCUGAAAAAUACAAGGUUAGGUAUGCUGCUGUCCAUUUAGAGGGAAGAGCAUUACAAUGGCAUCAAGGGUUCAUGAAGUCAACAGGGAAACAGAUUGGUGACAUAACUUGGGAUGAAUAUACAAGAAAUGCUUCAACAAGAUUUGCAGCAACAUUAAUAGAAGAUGCUAUGGGUGCAUUGAAAGCAUUAACACAAAUGGGUAAGUUAGAGGAUUACUGUGAUGAAUUUGAUUUGUUGCUGAAUAAAGUAACCCUACCAGAUGAAUAUACAAUCAGUUUAUUCAUUGAAGGCUUAAAAACAGAAAUUAAAUGUCAAGUAAAAAUGUUUAAGCCGAAAACAUUGAGAGAGACAUAUUCUUUGGCAAGAAUGCAAAAUCAAUCAAAUAAGGUAAUGGGUUGGGGAGGUAGUAUGAGUAGUACAGGGUAUUCUGGCUACAAAUACAAUUCCACAAGAACUAAUAACUUGACCAACAUUGGGAAGCAACCUGUUUUGGCAACUCCUGUAAAUUCAGUUCCUACCAAUGCCAUUGUACCCAAGAAAGUAAGUAACAAGUAUAUGGAUGAUAAAAGAGCCAAGGGAGAAUGUUUCUUUUGUAAUGAGAAGUAUGUGGCUGGUCAUAGUAGGGUUUGUAAAGGCAAGAAACAGUUAUUUUUGGUUGAGGUUGAGGAGUAUCAAGAAGGGAAUGAUGAACAACCAAUAGAAGAGGAAGAAUUGAUUCCAAAUGUUCCACAAAUUUCAUUGAAUGCAUUAAUGGGAAUUCCAUCUUACUCAACUAUGCAAGUAGUAGGUAUGGUUGGAACAAGAUAUUUGUACAUAUUAUUGGAUAGUGGAUCAACUCACAAUUUCAUGAGCAAGUCUUUGGCUCAGAAAUUAAAAUGUCCCAUAACAAAAAUUCCCAAUGUGCAAGUAACAGUGGCUGAUGGUAAUAAGGUAGAGUGUGUUAACCUGUGUAAAGACUUCCAAUGGGUCAUGCAGGGAAAUUGGUUUACAGCUGAUAUGAUGGUCUUUGAUUUAGACAAUUAUGAUAUCGUGUUGGGCAUACAAUGGUUGGAAACAUUGAAUGACAUAAUGUGGAAUUUCAAGAACCUCACUAUGAAGUUUAAUGUAGCUGGCCAAGAUUUUGAAUUAAAAGGAACAAAAAGAAAGAAUGUGGGCCUAUCUUCUAUGGAGAAAAUUACAAGUCUAAUUCAGGAUGAAGAGAAGGUGGUGCAGGCUCAGUUAUUCAUGAUUCAAGAUUCAGCUAGUGCUCAAAGUAUGUAUCAGCCAGUGAUUGGUAAAGAACAAGAACAUAAAGAGUUGACAGACUUGUUAAAAAACUAUGAAGAUAUUUUUGAAGUACCAAAAGGGUUACCCCCUACAAGACCAUUUGAUCACAGAAUUGUGCUUAAAGAUGAGAAGGUCAAUCUAAAUUUGAAACCCUAUAGAUAUCACAGUGCUCAGAAGGAUGUAAUUGAGCAAAUGACACAAGAAUUAAUGGAUUCUAGGGUAAUCAGGCACAGCAACAGUUCAUUUGCAGCACCAGUGGUUCUUGUGAAGAAGAAAGAUGGUUCCUGGAGAAUGUGUGUUGACUACAGGAGACUUAAUGAAGCCACAGUGAAAGAUGUUUUUCCAAUUCCUCUUAUUGAAGAACUAUUAGAUGAACUACAAGGGAACUAUUAG